UUGUAUUCCUCCUACUAGAAGCAACUAACAAAAAACAACAAAAAUGAGUGUUUUGUUAGUAUUAUGAUUGCACAGACAGAAUCCAAGGAAACGAAACUCGUGAGUGUUAUUUGGAAGAAUUAUGUGAGUUUAUGAUUAUUUUCAAGUUGUCGAAAAUGGAGAGGUUGCCUGUGGAAAUAUGUACGAAGAUAUUCGGUCUCUUGGAUUACUACCAUCUUUCUGUUGCUCAACAAGCACUUGUGCAGUGUGUAGGAAGUGGAAGCUGGUGGGCUCAGACAAUGAUCUAUGGUGUAACCUUUUUAGAGAGAGAUGGGGAGAAGAUCAUUCUGCUUUUUAUGCUCCUAUUGGCUCAAAAUCAUGGAAAGAUGUAUAUGAGGUGCAAGAUCGUUGUGAUCGAAUUGGAGUGGGUUUGAAGAUUAUUAGAGAAGGCAGUGACUACUAUCUUGUUCACCAAGGAGAGAUACAGAGACAUCUGGGUUCAAGAAAAAAUCAGGAAAAAGAAACCGCUCAAAGCUUCCAUUCAGAAAUUGAAUUCAAUGGAGAAAGCUGUCUAGCUGAAGAGAGAUCAUGUCGUGGAAUUUUGGACAAAAUCCUUUUUUUCAUAGGAGAUUUGGAAGUUGCUUCUGCAGAAGCCAAACGUAGCCGUGUCAGAUGAUAGUCUCUACCAUUCAAUCCACCACUCAAGUUCACUGGAAAACUUCUUUGUACCUAACCAUUAUUUCAUGUAUAUAUAAUAUACUUAUCAAACAAUGUAUUCAGUUAUUUCAAUAAUUUAGCCUUUUCAUAUAA